AUGCAGGUUAGCUAUGGGGUGAGUUUCACCGAGUACUGUGCUGAAGAGGCAAAACGUCUGUAUGGCGACAUUAUUCCAGCCACCUUACCAGAUCGCAUGUUGUUUGUUUUGAAGGAGGUUGUCCCUGCUCUUGCUUGUGGAUGCAUAGUCGUCAUAAAACCCUCUGAACUAAUGCCAUUGACUGCAUUAAAAGCAGCCAACCUCUCCCUUCAAGCUGGAAUACCAACGGUAAGAAAGAUAACAUUCACUGGGUCAACAGCUGUCGGAAAAAAAUUAAUGGCAGGUGCUAUUGGGAUUGUGAAAAAGUCGGCAACAAAAUUCUGUAACAUUGGACAAACAUUUGUUUGCACAAAUAGAGUACUUGUGCAAGAAGGUCCUUGUUGGCGGCAACAGCCACAGUCUUAUGAGCCUACAGUACUGGCUGUUGUGAAGGGUGAGAUGCUCAUAUCCAGUCUAAUAUUAGCUUUCCACUCCACGGAGGAAGUAUUUGGUCCUGUUGCUCUUCUGAAAUUUAAAACAGAGGGAGAAGCUAUCUGCUUGGCCAAUGAUACCAAUGCAGGACUGGUCGCCUACAUCUUCACGACAAAUGUUCAACGCUCUUGGCGUGUCUCUAAAGCUCUUGAAUAUGGAAUAGUUGGAGUUAAUGAAGGAUUGGUUUCAACUGAGGCGGCUCCAUUUGGAUGUGUGAAAGAAUCAGGUCUUGGACGUGAAGGAUCAAAGUAUGGGAUUGAUGAGUUUCUGGAAGUAUGUUUAUUUAUAACAAAUUCCAAAGUUCCAUGUUUUGCCAAAUUUAUGAAUGUGGCCUCUGCAUCUUCAGUUCUUGUCUCGAUCGAUCUUUAG